CCUUCUCUGCCUUCUCUGCCUUCUCUCCUCCUCAGGUACUUAUCUGGCCCUCUCUGUAUACACCGACUGUCUGUAUACAUACCGAACAACUCUGCCGCUGCUCUGCGGCCACGCGCCCUCCCGCUCGCCGUCGCCGUCGCCCUCGCCGCUCCGACCGCCGCUCUCACCAUCACCGCCCCCUCCGCCCUGUCUGUCCUACAAACGCCGCCUCUGCCCAUCGUUCGUCACACACAAACGCGACCGCUGGCCGCUCAGGCCGUGCCGAGUGCAGGCGAUCGAUGUACAAAGAUACCUCGCAGCGCGACCACCUGACGUACCUCCUCGCCGUUUUCGGUUAUUUUGCGCCCACGAUACAUCUCUGCCUCGCGCCCGCAACACCUGCGACGACGCCGACGACAGCGACGACGACUCGCAGCAGGUCUCGCCCCAGGCGACCGUUCCGCGACGACAAUGCCGUUCAGGCCCGAACGCUCGUUGCUGCGUGUGGAGGUCCCUGCCCUCCACACCAUUGACACCACAUCGGUGGAGAAUCUCUUUGGCAUGUGGUCUUUAUUCUCCAAGACCGGGCAUGCAAUACACAACGGCAGGCGCCUUGAGAACCUUUCCUGGCGGCUAUGGAAUCGCGAAACCUUCUGCUGUGCUCCAGAAUCGCCUCCUGCACGCAAAGCCUCUGCAACUGCCGUCCGGCGUACAACGCGACCGCAAACCACGGCCACGGCCACGACCGGCGAUAUGACAGCGGUGCCGCCGCUCUCCACCAGCCUCGACUCCGCCUCGUCGAACGGUGACCAUGAUCAUCCGGCAUCGCCGACCACUCCGCGCAGCACUCAGCCCCGAUCGACGCUGUAUCGAAACGACUCGGCGACAGGGAGCGUAGUCUGUCGUGGGCGCGAGAGACGCCUCCGGCCUAUUGAUCUGGAAAACAUCGUCCACACCAUCACCGAAACCAACAUGCUGGAACCGAUUGAACUACCCACGCGAAAGUCGCUAUCAAAUCCAGAUGAAUGUCCUUCCAUAUCGGCUGAACAAGUGCUAUCUCAGCUGGGCUCACCGCCGAUGUCGCGGUGCUCGCAGAAAUCAGAUCCCACCCCCGAUGCCUCUGUGUCGCAAACGACUCUCCUGGAAUCAUCUGCCUCGACUGUUGCAUCUAACGUCUCUCAGUCGUCCGACAUGGUCGGCUCGCAAGAGAGCUCUUCCACAGAGAUGAGCACACACAACAUCAUUCGUGGGUUUGUGCCUGGUGGAGCCAGCUCGUCAUAUCGAUCUCAGACAAAUCUCGCGACACAGCCGACUCCCAUCCUCAAAAACUCUCGAAGUUUUCGACAACCAGCACCGCCCAAGAAGAAGGGCCCAAUGUUCACAAUUGGAACUUCUUCUGGAGAGGACGAAAGCUCACUCGAGAGUCACAUGCACCGCAGUGUGCUAUCCGACGGUCUGAGAGCGCCAGGGAGCCAGAAUAGUGAUGGAAGCAAGAAGCAAGCUUCCUUCCAGGAUGAACUAUCUAUCGCACAAGCCGUAGCAGCACGUCACAGCCCCGUCUUUGAGUCGGACGACGACGAAGAUGACAUUUCAGAGAGUGCGAUCGAAGACGACGACGACUCUUCCGACUGGGAAGAUUCCGAUGACGGAAGCGGCCCAUCCUCCGUCAAUGAGAAGGAUUUAUUUCAACGAGUCGACUCGAGACCCAACCUCACCUCUCGACGGUCUCUUUUGACAACGCUGAUGCAUGAGCCUGACCGUGCGAAGGCCCUCGCGAAUGCUGCAUCGAGAUCCACGCCAGCCAUUCGACGAUCAAGAACCGCGACUCCGAGCGGGCCAUCUCUGGCAACAUCGCCCGAGACAGGCUCACACUCGCAGCUGCAGGUUCCAGGCUUGGAGGUCCCUCGUUCCAAACCCAUCAUCAUGACCACUUCCAAUACUCACCAGCAACUUUCUCUCUCGCCACGCACGACCAGGCGGAACAUGUUGUCCACCGAGCUCACGGAGUCAUUGCGCAAAAACCUCUUAUGGGAGCGCCAACAUAAAAGCACGGGCAACUUGGCUGCUUUGAAGCGCAGACACACAUCUAACGAUGUAAAAAAUCUCAAGCAGCUCCCUGAACCUGGCCCGGUGCUGUCGCAGAAGGAGCAGAAGGGCAUUUUUAGCAAUGAGUACUUCCAUGCCGGCCUUGGGGAGUACCAUCAAAAAGGCUGGUGAGACUUGAACAUUCCGUCCUGCGUUCAUAGCGGUUUUUCUGCACAUAGCAGCAUGCAUUCACCUACUCGCGGCUGGUUUUGCCGCUCAGACAUUGGUGGUCGUGAUCACGAAUUGUUGGGAUUUGGACUUUGCGGAGGGACCAGUUUCGGCACGGUCCUACAUACUUUACGGCCGGUACAUGCACAUAUGAUGACUACGCGGCCGAGUAACAUAGCCUUGAGCAUCGGUAGCUCGGCGGAAAAUACGGCCUGUACAUUAACAAUGUAACAUUAUCUCUAUCAAGAACUUCUGUUCUGCCAGAAGUGAUGGGAUUCACUCGGGGAGAGCUUGUGCUGCAGCUGCAGCAGCAGCAACAGUCGCAGAACAAAACAAGGUAUUCACGCACAACCACAACCACAACAGAUGAUGGGGUUGAAGCAACCUCCUCAUCUAUCGGUGGUCAGAUGCUGCAUCUCAUCCGCGUUGAGAGCACGCUGGUUUACGUUGAGGAUCACAUGUGAAAGUGGGCAAGCAGACAGGGAGGCAAGACAAGGCAAGGUGCCUGAGCUGAGCAUGAGCUGAGCAGCAGACCGCCUUUCUCUGGCUGCAAUCUUCCGUUUUGCACAUGCAUACUGAUCUGCAUGGGGAGCCAACAACCCCGCGCUGACAUACCUCCCUACCUCCUCGCGCAAGCGGAUUGCGUGUUGGGUAUCAUCUAGUCGUUUGUACGAAAAUAACAUUGAAACUCCUUAUUUUUACCUUAGCAUAUAUGUGACGGGAGGUGAGGGCUACCUCCUAAUAAUAAUGCAUGAGGU